AUGUCUGCCACAAAACAAAAUGCCCACGCCGGCAAGGGCGGAUCACUGCGUCGCCGCCGAAGACCCAGUGCCGACGACGAGGCAGACGAAUAUAGCCAGCUCUUGAACAGUCCCACCCCAAGAGCAAAACGUAUGCGUCCAUCGAUUGAAUCUGGUAACAUUGAAAACCUCGAAGCAGACGAAGCGGCAGACGAUACCUUCCACUCAGCCAUCGACGGUGGGGUGGCAGAGACAGAUGCGCAGGAUGGAAAUUCCUCCAGCCCAGUCUUCCAACCAGGCGCAAUCGUCAAAGUGUUCGUCGAGAAUUUUGUAACAUACGAGCGUGCCGAGUUUGAUCCUGGCCCCAGCUUGAACAUGGUGAUUGGUCCCAACGGCACUGGCAAGAGUUCCCUGGUUUGUGCCAUCUGCCUUGGGCUCGGCUUCCACUCCAACGUCCUGGGCCGUGCCAGCGCCUUUGGGGACUUUGUCAAGCAUGGACGAUCCCAUGCAAUUGUCGAGAUCGAGUUGCAGAAGAGGCCGAAAGACCGCCAAAACUUCGUCGUCCGGCUGCGCAUUACUCGGGAAGACAACAGCCGCAAGUUUUGGCUGAACGGCCAGGAGACAUCGCUACGGAAAAUCCAGUCUGUGAUGCAGGAUCUGCGCAUUCAGGUCGAUAAUCUGUGUCAGUUUCUGCCCCAGGAUCGCGUCGCCGAGUUUGCCGGUCUCAACUCUGUCGACCUUCUUGCAAAGACACUCGAGGCGGCAGCGCCAACCGAAAUGAAAGAAUGGCAAAGCACGCUCAAGCGGAUAUAUCAGGAACAGAAGGAGGCCCAACACCGGAUGAAGGUUGAUGCUGAACAGCUUCGUGUCCUUGAAAGUCGCCACCAAGCCCAGCAGGCUGAUGUGGAACGAUAUCGCGAGCGUGAGGAAGUCCAGCGGAUGGUCGACAAUCUCGAGGCUUGUCGGCCACUGGUGCGCUUCUACGAAGCCAAGAAGAAAUACCACAAGCUCAAGGCGCUGAAACAUGCUGCGACAAAGGAGCUCAAGGUCCUGCAGGAGCGCGUAGGGCCGACGUUGGAGGCUGUGAACGACAAGGAGGUAUAUCAGCAGCGUCUUGCGGAGGCGCUCGACACCCGAAAAGCUGCUGUCAGGCAUUCGGAACAGACCGUAGCCCGUGCUAUGGAAGACAUCGAGCGCGUUGAAGAACAGCGCAAAGAGGUCAUUGAGCAGCGCAAGGCACUAAAGGAUUCGCUCGAUAAGAAGAAGAAGGAGAUCGCGGCAACGCGACAGAAGAUUACGAAUUUGGAGGCGAAGCACAAAAAUAAGCCACAAGAGUUCGUCGCAGCAGAGUGGAACAUGAAGAUUCGAGAGAAAGAACAUUUGAGACGCGAAGUCGAGGCUGAGAGACGCGAAAUCCUAGCCGACCGAGAACGAAUCAAGGGCCAAGCUGAGCAGUUUUCCGCGGAAAGACAGGAGGUGGAGAGAAACAUUUCUGUUCUCGAUUCGAAGCGCGGUCAGCAAUUUAGUUUGUUGAAACGGAUUGCCCCUGAGGUGGCCCAGGGCUGGCAGUGGCUUGAGCAGAACAAGAGCCAGUUCAGCCAAGAAAUCUUUGGGCCGCCGAUGGUCACGUGCUCGGUCAAGGACAAGCAAUACUCCAACCUCGUGCAGUCGUUGCUGCAAAACGACGACUUUUUGUGCUUCACAGCGCAAAACGUACAGGACCACAAGAAGCUCAGUGACCAGUUCUACGAUGUCAUGGGCCUGUCCGUCACGAUACGGACAUGCACGACAGCCUUUGCGCAGUUCAGGUCGCCGCUGACUCCGGAGGAGCUGUCUACGCUGGGCCUCGACGGCGUAGCUGUCGACUUCCUGGAGGGCCCUGAGCCGGUGCUGUCUAUGCUAUGCACAGAGCGGCGUCUGCACUGCUCGCCCGUCUGUCUGGAGAAGCCGCGACAGGAUCAGUAUGACAUGCUGGUUACCAACGAGAAGAUCUCCACCUGGGCGGCAAAAGACCAGUUCUACCGUGUCAAUCGGCGUCGUGAAUAUGGCGCGCAUGCAGUGUCGACAGUUGUCAGAGAUAUCCGGCCUGGCCGGUACUGGACGGAAGGUCAGGCAGACAUGUCGGAGAAGACGGGGCUCGAGCAACAGCUAGACGAGCUGAACAGGAAGCUACAGGGGCUCCGUCAAGAGUUUUCAGCCGUAAAUGCCAGCGCAGCUGGCCCAGCAGAAAGGAUGGCGGAGAUCGAUACCGACUUGGACCGUCUACGGGACGAGAAAAAUCAGCUACAGAUGGAGUAUAGCAAGUGGACCGCACUUCCGGAGAAGAUACAGGUUGAGAAUAAUGUUCUGUCCCGUAUACAGGAAGAGCACAGCCGGAUCCGCGGCCAGCAACUCGAAGUCAUUGGAAAGCUGGACGAGCUGGUCCUGCAAAAGGCACGCACUGUGCUGCGACAUGCAGAGAAGUUGUCGGCGCUGCGAGACGCGUGCUACGGGGUGGUUGAUGCGCAAGUGCGUCUGAUCGAGGCCAAAUCGGAUGUCGAGGGGCUCAAGACGAAACACGCCGACAUAGCCGACAUCCUCGUGACGAAACAGGACGCUGUGCGGGUGCUACAGGAGAACAUGCGCGUGCAGAAAACAGAGGGCGAGCAAGCGCUCGAGGCGGCACAGAAUGUGGCAGAGGAGGGCAGUGAGUGGUCGGAGAUGCUGCACGAGCUGGCACGUAACAAGACGCUGGAGGACCUGGACAAUGAAGUAGCUGCCGAGAAGGCCAAGCUGGACCUGACGCGCGUGGUGGACGCAUCAGUGCUGGAGGCGUUCCGGAAGCGGGGACGGGAGAUGGAGCAGCUCAAAGUAGCCAUGUCGACACAGGAGCAGAAAUACGGCGACAUGAGCGAGCAGAUUGCAGAGGUUCGGGGCAAGUGGGAGCCGCGGCUGGAUGAACUCAUCGGACGGAUCAAUGACGCGUUCAGCUACAACUUUGAGCAGAUCAACUGCGCCGGCGAGGUCAGCGUGCACAAGGACGACGACUUUGACAAAUGGGCCAUCGAAAUCCGAGUGAAAUUCCGCGAGAACGAGGAGUUGCAGAAGCUGGACCAGCACCGGCAGUCGGGUGGAGAGCGGGCCGUCAGCACCAUCUUCUACCUUAUGUCGCUGCAGGGCAUGGCGCAGGCGCCGUUCCGCGUGGUCGACGAGAUUAACCAAGGCAUGGAUCCACGCAACGAGCGCAUGAUGCACGAACGCAUGGUGGACGUGGCCUGCCACGAGCACGCAAGCCAAUACUUUUUGAUCACGCCGAAGCUUCUUCCCGGGCUGCGCUACGACGAGAACAUGACGGUGCUGUGCAUUGCCAGUGGGCAGCAUGUUCCGAGCGGCGAAGCAAAGCUCGACCUGCGACGGUGCAUGCAGAUCCAGCAACGGCUGGUGGCGGCGGCAUAG